CACACCUAAAAUGGCAGACGAGAGUUUCCGCUUUUUCCCUGUUGCCGGCUUACUGCACUAACGCCACCACACUAGGAGCCUCUACCACCUUCUGUGACACGGUACUUCCGGUUCCGGCCCCAUUGUUGCAAAGCGAUGGCGGCGCGGGCUGGAUUCCAAUCACUGACCCCAGGGGGGUCCGGAUCAGCUGCGGCUGCUUUGGGUCCCGGGACCCCUGGCCCAGCUGUAAGGAUGAGUCCUGCCCCCGGGCAGGGGAUAUAUCGUUCUCCGAUGCCUGGAGCUGCUUACCCGAGACCAGGAAUGCUGCCAGGUAGUCGAAUGACUCCUCAGGGACCAGCAAUGGGCCCCCCUGGUUAUGGUGGAAGUCCAGCUGCUCGACCAGGCAUGGUGCAGUCAGGCAUGGACCAGUCUCGGAAACGUCCUGCACCUCAGCAAAUACAGCAGUUGCAACAACAACAGGCUGCUCAGAAUAGGAACCAUAGUGCUAAGAAGAAGAAAAUGGCUGAUAAGAUACUACCUCAGAGGAUUAGGGAACUGGUACCCGAAUCCCAGGCUUACAUGGAUCUCUUAGCAUUUGAGAGAAAGCUGGAUCAGACCAUUAUGAGGAAACGGCUUGAUAUUCAGGAGGCUUUGAAGAGACCAAUAAAGCAAAAGAGAAAACUUCGCAUAUUCAUUUCCAAUACUUUCAACCCUGCCAAAUCAGACGCUGAAGAUGGAGAGGGAACGGUUGCUUCCUGGGAGCUGCGGGUGGAGGGCCGUCUCCUUGAGGAUGCCGCACUGUCUAAAUAUGAUGCUACCAAACAGAAGAGGAAAUUCUCAUCCUUUUUUAAGUCGCUAGUUAUUGAGUUGGAUAAGGACCUUUAUGGGCCGGAUAAUCACCUGGUGGAGUGGCACAGAACCCCUACCACGCAGGAGACCGAUGGUUUUCAGGUGAAGCGCCCUGGGGAUAUGAACGUUCGCUGCACAGUAUUACUGAUGCUUGACUAUCAGCCACCACAAUUUAAACUUGAUCCCCGACUGGCUCGCCUCCUUGGGAUCCACACUCAGACUCGUCCAGUCAUCAUUCAAGCUCUGUGGCAGUACAUCAAGAAUCACAAGAUUCAAGACCCUCAUGAACGGGAAUAUAUAGUAUGUGACAAGUAUUUGCAGCAGAUAUUUGAGUCUCAACGGAUGAAGUUUUCCGAGAUCCCUCAGCGAUUGCAUGCCCUUCUCAUGCCUCCAGAACCAAUUAUAAUCAAUCAUGUCAUUAGUGUUGACCCCAAUGAUCAGAAGAAAACCGCUUGUUAUGACAUUGAUGUAGAAGUUGAUGAUACUCUAAAAACUCAGAUGAACUCAUUCCUGUUGUCCACUGCAAGUCAGCAGGAGAUAGCUGCUCUAGAUAACAAGAUUCAUGAGACAAUUGAAACUAUUAAUCAGUUGAAGAUUCAGAGGGACUUUAUGUUGAGCUUUGCCCGUGACCCUCAAGGAUUUAUUAAUGACUGGUUACAGUCGCAAUGCCGGGACUUCAAAACAAUGACCGAUGUGGUAGGUAAUCCUGAAGAAGAACGCCGAGCUGAGUUUUACUUCCAACCGUGGGCACAGGAGGCUGUGUGCCGGUAUUUCUACUCAAAGGUGCAGCAAAGACGUCAGGAGCUGGAACAGGCUCUCGGGAUUCGGAAUACAUAAAUAUGGCAUCACCUAGUGAGACACAACAGCUGCUCGCUCCACUCCAACGUUUUGAACAUAAGCGUUCCUGUCAUAGCCAAUAACAUUGUAGCAUAAGGUUAUAGGAAGCUGCUUUAGUGAGUCGAAAUCGGGGUUUCGAAGCGGUUUGGAAGGGAGCCCUGCUGCCAGUGCUUCCUACAUUAGAUGCUGUGGCAUUGCCAGCGAUGUGAUGAGGUCUGGACUUCUGUGUUGACACUGCAAGACAAAAUGUUUUACCGUCAUUUUCAUCAAGCGUAAAUUUUUCUUUGUAAAUUUAUUAUUUUAGGAUUUAGUAUCGCUUCUCCUCUAGGCCCUUUUAUGGUUAUUUAGCCUUUCAUUGCCCGGAGCCUUAUAUUGCUUUGUUCCACAGAACAGUUUAUUUAAUACUGCAAUUGGCUGUGCUGCUCAGCCCAAACUCUGCUGUCGCUGCCCCUCCUUCUCAAGUACAUUAAAGGGAUACUGUUUU